AUGUCGAGCUGGGUCGCAUUGAAUGUUGAGCCCGAUGAAGCCAUCGAGGAGGAGGUGGACGAUACCAAGGAGUUGCAGAUCGAGGAAGCUUUGAAGCUUUACUACAGUGCCUUGAAGCUACAUUCACAAGGUCCAAGCUUCUAUCCACAAGCCGCUGAGGCAUACGAAGCUCUACUCAAUUCGGAGAUCUUUAAAUACCCAGAGUCUUUCUCCGAUUUCAAAAGGGGUGUAUUCGACGAGGUGGAGGCCCAAGAGGUCUCUGACGAAAGUGUCACAGAAACUCUCACUGAAUUCAACGCCAGUGACUCUGCCUCUAGCUUAUUCCAAACGCUAUACCUGUCCUAUAAGAACCAUGGCAAAUUCGUCCUCGACUCAGUACAAGACUCUAUACGAACGGCGCCUCAAACCUCCGAAACCGAACAAGAAGCACAAAGCAAGUUGUCCGAGGCAUCCAGAAAAGCACUUAUAUCUUUUGGAGAUGCACUGGAACGAGAUGAUUCGGACCUGAAUCUUUGGAGACAAAGCGCUAGAUUAAGCAGUGCCUUGCACAGCUAUCGUCUAUCUCGGUAUUGCUUGGAGAGUGUACUAGCAGACGAUGAUAAUCGGCUGGAAUUGCGAUCAGAGCAACUUGGCCUGGAGGAAAUUUUUGCGGAGAAACGCCUGCGAAGCACACUUGAGUCACUUUUGGACCGGAUGUCUGCUUCGCAGAUUCCAGUCAAGCGGCCCAAAAAAGCUCUCUUAAAGUACCUGAAACAGCAUGAGGAUCCCUUUCCAACUCUGCCCGCUCUUCCAACCGAUUUGCAGAACCUGGAUCCGUCCAAAGGACCUCUUGCCAUACACGCAUCACGUCAGGAAAUCACACCCGCUAAUCCAACCUGGGAGUCAGUUGGCAAGGCACUUCUUCAGGCUCUCGAUGAUCGAGAUAAUGCCUCGCUUGCUGAUGUCCCUAGCCAGUCUAUACACAUUGUUCUACCGGCCAGAAGUUCCCAAGAUCCAGAUACACUUGCCCUAAAGACAGAGGACACGGAGAUGACCAUCGAUGCCGAGGGGCAGGAGGGUAAGGCUGAUGAAUCCGAGCAGCCUGAUAUGGUCCCGGCACAAACAACAGAAGACGAUGCAAAGCCAGAACAUAGCGCAUCAGAGCCAGCGAAAGAGCCUUCCGAGGCAGGCGAAGAGCAUUCAUCCAUUGACCAGAGUGCUGAAAAACAAUUAAUGGAGUCAUUGGAACGUCAAUCUGCGCAGCCCCAUGACCAACAAGCGGAACAGGAAGAAAAUAACCCAGACGACGCUGACCCGAGCUCUCCCACUGACUUUCGUAAAAGGUCGUCCGCUUCGGCAGCGAACGAAGAGCCGGAGGGGGGACGCAUGAAAAGCAGACGAACAAGAGCUCGAGAGUCCAACGCCGAAGCUCUGGCACAACCCGAAGAAGUUGCUUUUGAUCAGGAAAAGUACUAUGGAGACCGCCUCGAGGUUUUCAUCAAUGCCGAUGAUUGGAUGUUUAGCACAGUCGAAUCCCUGUUCUCAAAGGUUGGAAUCGAGGCGCUUGGUAGCAUCGAGAAUCUUAGGGCAAAGUGUACCGGGAAGAACGACUCAUCCAAUUCUCCUAAUGACCCCGAGACACGACUGUUACAAGAUUUCCGAGGCCUCAUCAAAACAUGGGAUGAUGAGAAGUCUCGCUUGAUGCAACAAAAAGAUGACCUAUCGUCAUUGAAGGACAUUCGUGGCACAAGCAAAUCUGGGCUCGCUGUGUUCCUGGAGCACUCAAGGAAGGGUGCUCGGAAACCAGCCGUCGAAGAAGAGCUUCCCUCUGGGGAACAGCUGUAUGACUUCUCCAAUGCCGUCAACUCCGACUGGCUACAUCCUCAUGAUACUUCAUUUGAAUGGCUCAAAUGUCUUCUUAUGCCAGAGUUUGGCCAAGAAUCCUCAAGCUGGUCCACGGCAAGAUCAACAUACAUAUCUUUUCUAUGGCCGCAAGACCUCAAGGAGACAGUUGUGCAACUCUUGCUUCGGGAAGACGAAUUUCUCUACCGAACUUGUGGUGAACUGAUCGCAAACCUUGAGAGUCGAAUUCUUGACUCGAGCAGUGGAUUUCCUUUUGAAUAUCGGGCGAGAGAUUUCUACGAACUUGGGAUGAUCCAAACCAUUUACGAGCUUCAUUUGGACAUAUUCUCUUCAGCUGAGAAUGUUGCCAAUGAGACAGUAGAGGAAACAAGUCUUGCGCAGCGGGAUUGUUUGGCUCGCUGGGGCAUGUUGGCCCGAACAUCUAUUGACCAUUUCGUUGAUCAUGGUCCGACAGGCCAAUGCCAGCAAGACCUCACUCUCCGUCAUCUUUGGGCAUCUGUAUUCCAUGUCAAUCUUGCCGGGGAUGCGCAGCGAGAACAUGUUUUACUUUGUCUUCAAGAUCUGAAGCAAAUCCUUCAGUCAUUUGGUAACCCGAGUUUCAAUCUCGUCAACAAUUCUAUCAUGUCAGAAUUAUCUGGUUCCGUGAUAGACCAAGAGGUCUUGAAGCUUAAAUGCAUGGACUUCUUUGCCAAGGUGUUCAACUCGGAUUCAGAGGAUCCAGUUACUCUCAUCGAGGCGAUCGAGCCGAUCCUUGAACCCACGUCGGUUGAGUACGCUGAAACACCGGUGGAAAAUGAUCUGAAUCACCCAACGUCACAUCUUAGUGAGAUGGCCGCGUUUCUCGAUAGAGGGGAUGCUACAUUACGAUUAUUCCUCUGGCGCAGACUUCAGGAAGCGUACCAAGCCAUUGAUUAUCCGCCUAAAGUUGUAUCUUGCUACUUGCGAAGCAUCGAAGUUGUGAUGACAGAACUCGAGGCAGCGAAGCACAUUGAGGAAACAGAUCAACAUCGUCAAGUCUCUUUACUUGGCUGGCUCAAAGCCCUUGAUGGCAUCUUGGCCAAAGCGAUACCACUGGUUCUCGACGAGUCGGACAAGGCAUUUGAGUGCUUCGAUAUAGAGCAUCUCCAAACCUCUAUGUCUGCUGUAGCUCGUCUCAUCAGGCUUCUGCACAGCUUUGUUCUAUACGAAGACUCAGUGCGCGUGGGUCAGAUUUCGGGUCGUGAUUUCCGUGGGACGUUACUGAAAACGCUUGAAAACUUCAAAGACAGAAUGCGAGAGCUAUAUGUUCGGUGUUGGAUCCUGCAAUACACCAUGUUCAUGGAGGCAAUUACCCAGAACAAAGAACUUUUCGAUGAUCCACUCGAAGACAGGGUUCAUUUCCUUCGCUCCGUCCAUAACGCACUGGGUGUUCGAUCAAUGUGCAGGUACUCACAAAAGAGAUUCUUAAAGCUUUUGAAAGCAGAACUCUUUGGUCUCGAGACUAAAGGAGACUAUGAAUUUGACAUCUGUCAAAUACUCCUGGAUCUUCAUGGCAUCAAAUUCUCACAGUUCGAUGGUACCAUUGACCAUGGAUGUCCUUCCGAGAAACUGGAUCGCCCGACAGCAAUCAUGAUGAUCGAUUUCGUUUUGCAGCAGGCCUACAAAAUGAAUAUGAAGGACUUGUCCAAGUCUGAGUUAAAAAUUACCAUCGAAAAACUGCAGCAAGCAAUCGGCCCCGCUAAGGCCUCUUCUCAGACACCCCAGCUGACGUUCAAUCGCCGCAUCGUCAAUGCGUAUCUCAAGGCUGCCCUUAACCCAGCAAAUCUUCUGCGCGCUGUUCAGGGUAUCACAGAGCUUUCAACGACAAUUGUCCCUACCGAAAACGCUAAAAUUGCUGCAAAAGGCUGGUUUUUCCUCCUCGGUCAUGCUGCGCUCACCAAGUUUCGAUCCCAAAAGCGUAUCACCCCUGGUUCCACAACUGAACUUGACGACGCUAUCGGCUUCUUCAGACAAGAUCUAGAUCACGGGACUGGAAGGUGGGAAACAUGGUAUCGCCUUGCCCAAACUUACGACUCAAAGUUGGAUGAAGAUAUCACAUGGACAGCUGAUAAGAUCAAUAACAAUCGCGGGGACUUGGCAGCACUGCAGCGCAAUGCUAUUCAUUGUUACGCAAUGGCCGUUUCUACUGCCAUCAGAACUGCGGAUCCGACGGCUGAGACUAGGGCUGUGAUGUCAGAUCUUUACUCGGACUUUGGUCUGCGCAUAUACGCCUCCUCUCGGGAGCCGCUAUCCAUGGGUGCCUUCAGUGUUACGGACUUUCCUCGGCAUUUUAGCAGCGAAGAAAGCCAGCAAAUGUACAAGGGAACGCCUUUCAAGGAGAUGUCGCUGUAUUCGGCAUGGAACUUUGCUAGCAAUCUUCUGAAGCAGGCAACUGGUGACAAAUCCAAGCGAUGGAUGACUCAUUAUACCCUUGGCAAAUGCCUUUGGAAAAUGUUCAACAGUGACGAUUCUUUGAGGACGACAUCCAAGAGGGUUGAAUUACAAGAAGUCCUGAAUGCUCUUCUCGAUGCUAUCAAUGCCCUUCCACAGCGAAGGGACUCCCGGUCUGACCCAAUAUUUGAGCCCCACUUCAAGCUCUUCUCUGUCGUGCACAAGGCGGUCCUUCGAGGAUACAUGGCGGUGACUGAAGGGAGCAAAAUUCUCUUUGCAAUUCCAUGGGCCCGUAAAGUUGAUGCCCCGGAGAACAUGGAGGGGUGGAAUCCAUAUAUACUUGAAGUUCUCAAGAAGUUUAAGAGUGCCGACAAGUCCAAUUGGCAUCAUCGCAUGAGCGUCAAGGCUGCGCAUAUCUUUUACGACGAACAGCAGAAUGCGACUGCUGCUCUAGCUGCUAAGCAGGAACUUUCCCAAAUAUUCACCAAAACUCUCACCAUUCAGGUUUGGCGACCAGAAUUUGAACGUCCAGGACGUCAUUUCGUUUACACAACUCGUUACGUCUACUUUUUUGUCGGCUUACUUGAUCAACUCGAUGAUCGCGCAAGCCUGGAUCAGUUGUUACGCCGCGUGAGAAAGAAGCAAGGCGAUUUCUUCAACCACACCAAGCUGUGGGAAGACUGCUGUCUUAUUUAUGCGAAAUUGAUCCGCCGCGCAGCCAAGAUCAGCGAAGGCCACGAGGAAAGCAUCUUCAAACCAAUCGGCUGGGAAGAGUUCUCCACGAAGACAGCCCGCAUGGAAAGCCUCCCACAGCUAGCUCCAGAAAGCCAGGUCGUCCUCGAAUUAGUCCGGGACGCCCUGGAACUCAAAAAGCUCAACAACAACCUAAUGAAGAUCACCAUGUUCGAAGACCUGAUCGCGGACCUCUACGCCCGACUAUACGAGAUCAACGCCCCCCAUCUAGUCGAGCAAGCAACGGACGAAAACAAAGAAAAGAUGAAAGUCGACCACCUCCUCAUGCUCGGCGACGGCCCAACCGAAGCCUCAACCUCAACCUCACCAACCACCCUCCCUACCUUGGAGACUCCGGCGCCCCGAGGCCGGACAAAGGGCAUCGCCCGCCGCGAUAUCCAGAAACGCGCCGACACCAUCGUCAACACGAAGCUGGCUCCUCGCGCUAUCGCAAAUAGACUCGCUUCUGCUGGCGACACCGACCCGCCUGCGACACCGCAGGGCCCUGGGUCAACGCCUGCGGGCUCUGCCUCAGCGGCUCGUGGCUCCAUCAAGGUUGUUAUUUCAGGUGGAGAUACGUCGGCUGAGCAGCGUGAUGAGCACGAUGGCGGGGACGAAACUGAGAUGAGUGAGGCUGAGGAUACGAAGCUGGAGGAGGGGACGUCAGCGCUUUUCCCUCACGUUACUGAUGCGGAGGAGAUAGGGACUGGCGAUGAGGAUGCUGAGGAUGGUAAUGAGGAGGAGGAUGAUCAUGAGGGGGAUGAAGGUGAGGGUGUUACCUAUAUGGAGGGUGAUGAGGAUGAUGAGAUGCAGGAUGAGGAAACGAGGUUGGAGGAAGACGACGACAAGAAUGCCACUGCCGAUCAGUCUGCCAACGAAGCUGAGGGUGAGACUAUCAAUGACAAGCAGGACGGCGGAGAACCGGAUGCAAUGGAUAUCACACCUGCUGAGUCUUGA